CAUCAAAUUGGAGGCACCUGUAGCACCGUUGCAUUAGCUGUCUGUCUCGUUAGUCGAGUAGAAUAAUACGUUAAAACUUUUAUUUUUAAAGUAGAAAAAAAAAAUCUGCCAUAAACUUUUAGCUUGUAGGAGAUGUGAAACAUCUAACAUUUAAAACUGGAGAGGUUGGUUUUGGUCCUGGAACUAAAACUAAAACCGGGUUGUGAUGAUUCACUUUUCAGUAAAGUUCGUUGGACACCGUUAGCUGUUAGAUAAAAGACAAACUGAAGGUGGCAACUGCGAGAUCAUUUUUAAACGGCUAACGUUAGCGUUAGUAGUUCGCUUCAACUUUUAAAUCUAUUAAAAUCUGCCCUUACAUGCAAUAAUGAAGGAGAUAAUGCAGUGUGUGAGCCACCAGCAGGCCAGCCAGCUGCUCCAUAACAAGUUCAUUGUAGUGCUGGGAGACUCCAUUCAGCGGUCUGUGUAUAAGGACCUUGUUCAGCUGCUGCAGAAGGAGAAAUAUCUCACUUCAAGACAACUCAAGAGCAAGGGUGAAAUGAGCUUUGAACAGGACUGCCUGGUGGAAGGGGGUUGUCUAAGUCAAAUGAACAAUGGCACGGAGUAUCGGGAGGUUCGGCAGUUUCAGUCUGAUCACCACCUGGUCCGCUUCUACUUUGUGACGCGCAUCUACUCCCGCUACAUGCACAGCGUUCUGGAAGACUUCCGCCACGGCUUGAAACCAGAUGUGAUCAUUGUCAACUCCUGCGUUUGGGACAUUUCAAGAUACUAUUCCAAAUGGAUUGAUGAUUACAAGGAGAACCUACAUAAGUUCUUUGAUGAGCUGAGGGGGAUUGUGCUUGAGGAAACGCUGGUCGUAUGGAACCUCACCAUGCCCUUAGGAGAGAGGCUCAGAGGUGGUUUCCUAGUACCUGAGAUUGAGCAUAAGGCUCCACAGCUGCGCCACGAUGUAAUUGAAGCCAACUUCUACAGCGGGACUCUGGCCGACGCCUACGGGAUGGAUGUGUUGGACCUCCACUUCCAGUUCCGCUUCUCCCUGCACCAUCGUACCACUGACGGAGUCCACUGGAACGCCAUUGCCCACCGCAGGAUAACCUCUCUGCUGUUACAGCACACUUCACAGGCCUGGGGUGUCGUCAUGUCCUGCCCACUGACUGCAGUUGAGAAUACUGAGGUUACUAAUAAGCAGCCAGCCCACGGAAAGGCUACUAAACCUGCAGGUGGGUCUCCGACAUUGACAGCAUUGUGUUGGAGAGAUUUGUGCAGUGGGGUUCAUGAGAGAGAGAGAGGGAGAGAGAGAGGAGAGCACCACCCAUCAAAGGCAAAUUACAACGGCUACAAGGAGGAGUUCUUCAGCGAUUCCCUCCCUUCUGGCUACUUAAACUUUGAGGAGAACAACGUGCAGCCACGGAGAAAUCGCCUACCGGUCCACAGACGUCAGCAUAAACAUGGACAGGCCAGAGAUGCUUUCCACUACAGGCCUCCCCACCAUUUUCAGCCCUACGAGCACCAUCAUCAGUACGUCAUGAGGAACCGGCACAACAGACACCACUAUGCUCCAUACACGCAUCACAGACCCAAUCAGUACCCCCCUUAUGGCCACUACUACUGAGGCAGUAGCAGCCAGACCAGUUCAUAUUCCACUUGGUGUAAAAUACUCCAGUCUCUUGCCAUAUCUGCAGUACAUUGUUGUUUUCAGAUUCCUGUGUGUUCUAACACUUCACUAUACAACAGGCUUGUAACCAGGAGGAAGCAUUACUCUCCAAACUGCUUAGUUCACGCCCAGAUUUUAUUUAAUUCAGUGAAUGUCCUCCGACACACACUGGUGCUUUUUCUUGUUAUUGUACUCUUACUUGUUUAGAAAUUUAAAUUUGAGUUAGAUUUUAAUUAUUUCAUUUCAAACUCUUUUUAAUUCUGCAGAUCAAAUGUCAGGUGCUAUGUUCUAAUAAAGUUGAUAAGAUUUAAGAAGACUUGAAUCUUCUAAAUGAAUGGCCCUUCUGAUGUCAUGUCCCACACAGCUCAUUGUAGUCCCUUAUUUCCACAUGAGAUAUGUAACCAUAGAAAGUGGUAGAGACUGUGGAUCAGUUUGCGUAAGCCAGAAACAUUGAACAUCCACUGAACCAGAUUGUCUAAUAACUGCUUUGGCUUUGCAUCUUCAGCGGCGUUGUUCCUAACGUAGCUUUACCAAGCUCAAAUUACUGAUGUUGGAGGGGAAAAACUUAAAUUAAAUAAAAUGGAGUCUGUAACAGA